AGAUAAAUUAGCUACAGCAACUUUAGCAGCUUUGGGGAUAAUAGCAGCGUUGAUGAAUCAGCCUCAGGGGUCAUUUAUGACUCGCUCUCACUGCAUAAAUUUGCCGGCUUAACGAUUUUGCAUACAAUAAAACUGACAAUAAAAUAAACAAAAGAUUUCCAUGCGUGACGUGAAUAAUGACAAUCCACAAACGUAUAUAUUGCGGCAUGACCUGCUUCUAGUCACGUGUUUUCUCUGCUAUUUUUAAAGAGAAUGAAGGUGUGUCUUUCGCUGGUGCUUUCGCUGCUGCCGGCGCUGUUAAGCGCCGAGUUUUGUGGCAUCCAAUCGAAUCCAAGCAUGGUGAAUAUGCGCUUCCAGUUGUAUAGUGGAGAGCAGGAGUUCUCCGUGGCCAUGCUGGACGCCAUACGCAAGGCGACGCCCACCGAGAAUGUUUUCUUCUCGCCCUACAGCACGUACCAUGUACUGAUGUUGGCCUAUUUCGGCGCCACCGGCGAAACAGAGCAGGAGCUGACCAGGGCACUGCGCUUAAGCUGGGCAUCCUCCAAGGAGGAGGUGCGCAGCGCCUAUCGCAUGGAGAAACAGUUACGUGGUACCCGUGCCAAGAAUAUGCCACUGGAGUUCUCGUCCGCGGACCGUCUGUAUUUUGAUAACCGGGUGCAACUGGCCAGCUGUCUGGAUGAGCGUCUGCACGAAGAGAUCGUCAAGUUAAAUAUCAGGGAUAAUGUGGAGGAGACACGUCAACAGAUUAAUGGAUGGAUUGCUAAGGAAACACGUGACCAAAUUAAGGACAUGCUAUCCUCCGGCGAUAUCGAUUCAAACACUCAACUGGUGCUGGCCAAUGCUGCGUACUUCAAGGGACAGUGGCUUACUCGCUUCAAUGUCGACAAAACCGAACAGAUGCCCUUCUACACGUCCAGCGACAAGUAUUCGUUUGUGCCCAUGAUGAAGCAGAAGGGCAAUUUCCUAAUGCAUCCCGAUGAGCGUCUUGGCGCCCAUGUGCUGCAGCUGCCCUAUCGCACAUCCCAUAAGGAAGAUGACGAGAAUUCGGAAAUAUCAAUGGUUAUUAUACUGCCAUCCUUUGCCAAUGAUGCACUGGAACAAGUGCUGUCCAAGCUGAAUGCUACUACUCUGAAGGAUUCUUUAAAGGAAGCGUCGCAGCGUGAAAUUGAGAUCUCACUGCCAAAAUUUGAGUUUGAGCAGCGUCUGGAACUUGUGCCAAUUUUGCGUCAAAUGGGUGUCAAUCUGAUCUUUGAAAGCAACGCCAGCUUCAUGGACUUCAGCACGGACCAGAGCAUCAAUUUCGGCGAUGCCAAGCACGUGGCCAAGAUCAAGGUAGAUGAGGAGGGCUCCACAGCUGCGGCAGCCACUGUUCUGGUCAGCUUCCGUUCAGCUCGUCCUGCUGAGCCAACCAAAUUCGAGUGCAAUCAUCCGUUUGUCUUUUUGAUCUAUGAUCACUAUUCGAACGCAAUUCUGUUUACGGGCAUCUAUCGCGAUCCGAAGACAAUGAAGUAAAUUACACCUGGCCAACAAGGCUCGUGUCAAUGCCAGUGCUGUGUGUGUGUGUGUGCGUGUGCGCACAUCUCGUAAUAAUCGAAUUAACACUUAACCAAAUUCUGUGUCGAGCAUGCGCAUGUACCUAAAACUUUCUUAUUGUACGUGUAAAAUAAAUUAUAUGAACAUAGCUCCAAAAUGUAAUCUUUGUCAUUUUCAAAAAUUAAUAUUAUUUUGUGCCUUAAGCUUAAGGUUUAAACUAAUAAAUAUUUUAUUUAAAUAAAAAAAUCCGGAUCUUGAGCCGGUUAAACCAAAUAUCUUGGACAAA